CAAAACUGGAAUCCACACCCUGCAUGCAGACUGCUUAUCGUGUUGAGACACCUCCUUGUCUUUGUCUCGUUCAGCAGGCAGGUUCUCCAAAUAUUGGACAUAAGCUGAACAUAGAUAAAUCUGAGAGGGAUACUUACGGAGCAGUCAAGAGGAUUUUAACAAAGUUCACAAUCCAAAUGUGCUGAAACGUUCUGGAGUGAUGGAGUCUCCAGAGUUUUCCCUGCUGUCCUCCCUGAGGGGAGAAUUGAAGUCAGAGAUCCAUCCAGAUUACAUCCAACCCCACUACAGGGAAUCAUAUCGCCUGGCGAUUGAUCGCCUGGUGGGCUGCGGCAGAGACAGUUACCAAGAGUUACUCAAGGAAGAACGUAUUGGAAGCUUCCUCUCAGAGAAAGAGAUCCAUUUCAUCACUGAAAAUGUAGAACAGCUCCCCGUUCAAACCCAUGCAGAGGAAAUCAAUGGUCCACCGGACAACCAAUCAUCCUCAGGGACGUACUGGCCCGUGCACUCGGAUGUGGAGACGCCAAAUUUGGAGUUGGGGUGGCCAGAGGUCAUGCAUGAAAUACUGCAGACAAAUAUAGAUCUGCUUUUUCAUCCACCAAGACAAAACAACCCCACAAUCAAAGAAGUGAUCCGGAAGCAAAUUCAGAAUGCAAGACAGGUCAUUGCCAUCGUGAUGGACACGUUCACUGAUGUAGAUAUAUUCAAAGAAGCUGUUGACGCCUCUGUAAGAGGAGUCCCGGUCUACGUGCUUUUGGAUGAUUUCUAUUUGAAAAGUUUCCUCACAAUGGCCGAAAGUCAAGAUGUCAAAAUUCAACAACUCAGAAACAUGAGGGUGCGCACUGUGAAGGGUCAGGAUUACCUCUGUCGAUCAGGAGCUAAAUUUCACGGGACAAUGGAGCAGAAGUUUCUCUUAGUCGACUGCCAGACAGCAAUUUAUGGCUCAUACAGCUUCGCAUGGUCAUUUGAGAAGAUCAAUCUGAGCAUGGUUCAGGUCAUCACAGGCCACCUGGUGAAGUCCUAUGAUGAGGAGUUUCGAACACUCUACGCCCGGUCGACUGUGCCAGCUGAACUCUGCCCCCCAGAGGGUUUAUUCCAACGCAAUGAGCCAAACGGACAAACGAUUUUGCCAAAAUAUCAUUCCGCCCCAAAAAUUGAGCGCAUGGACCAUUUGAGGCACACGCUGGACACAGUCUAUCGGAAGACCUGUGAGAGGAAACUAGGCGUGAGAGACCUUGAGGAGAGGCUCUAUGAAGAGGAACCUAACAAGUUUGUGCCCUUGAUUGAGAAUGGGGUCGGCAUUCAGAACAAGAUGCCCCAAUAUCAGUCUCCCGAGAUGAUAAACUUCAUGAAAAGGCACAGCUAUGCUGGGGAGAGAGAAGAUGGAUAUAUGCCGCAGAACAUCAGGCCCAGAGCAAGCAACUGGAAUAUCUCUCGAGAAACAGGAAACGGAACAAACAACUACCCCAUGGAUAAUUACUUGCAAGUGCCACAGAUACACAGAGGUCAAAACAUUCGUCAAUCUUACAAUGGCAAGGAUAAACAGAUUCUGUCCAUGCAGCAAAACUUGCCAACACUAGAGAAUACGUCUAAGUCGUUCAUGCGCACAUGGAGGAUUGAGUCUUACCUCAAAAACCCUGACGUCCCAUUUGGAGACUCUUGUGACUAUUUAGACCAGUUUGAACCCCAGGACAAAGCUAACUCAUUCACGCAAGGAAGGUUGAGGUCUUCCCUUGCUUUCAGGCCCCCUAUACCAGAGCACAUGGACCCAAACAGACACAUUAACAACUCCUCAACUGGUGUUAACUCCUCAGCAGCACCAAACACUUCUUUUCAAUACUCAUCUAGGCAUUGGAAUUCAACAGCAGCAGCUGAAAAUAGAAUAGUUAAUAAAGAGUUCCUGUCAAAGAGACAAACUUCGCAGUUUUUGGAUGACAAUUGGAAUAAUUCAAGCUACGGCCCAGGUAGAACCUCCCACCAUUCUGUAUACGCUAGCCUAGGCAGAGCUAAAGGUGGAGACAUAAUCACAAACCCAGACAUGCAAACAGACAGUUGGCACAAAAGGCAUAGCGUUGCAGAUCCAAGAUCAAACACUGAGUACAUGCAUGAAUCAUCAGAUCACAUGUCUGGAGCUUUCCCAAGGAUUCAAGGGACUAGAAGCACAGCAGGGAUCAAUGCACUCAAUGGAGGAUACAUGUCAAAUCUAAAAGAGGAUCAGAGAUCGGUUUCUCAUUACGAUGUCAAGAGUAGUACAGGUAGACUCAAUCCCACUUGGCAGGAGCCCCCAUCGAGGACUGUGUCCGCAGCAGGCAUGGAUGUAGAUACCAAGGAUUUAACGGCUAAAUCCAACAGCAUGGGCUCCCAGCAUUUCCUAAAGCAGAGUUCCAAGAAAAUAAAAUCCUUAUUGAACAUACCAGAGAAAAAAGAUAAAUCAAUAGGAAUCAUGGAAACACUGAGUCUGAAGUCAGACUGCAGCACAGACACCUUAACAGCUACGGAAGAGGAUAGGAUAUCAUGUGUAGGAAAACUUCACCAAAGCACAACCAGCUCUGUUAGGUCCUCCUCAGAGAACCAGAGGAAGCAAAUAGAGGACAACCUUCUAAAAUCUUCUAAACCUCGAUUCAGAACUGAGGAGCCCCCAACUCCACCCCAAGUCAUUCUCCCUAAACCCAGCACACAGAAGAAACAAAGCUUUUUGGAAAAAAGCGCAAGGCCCGGCCUUGACUCAGGGAGCUGGAGCAAAGAUCGAGGCACAGAGACUCGCCUUUACAGUAGAUUUGAGCCUUUCUGCUCAUUUGAGAAGAAACGCUCUAUGGACUCUACACAGGGCUUUGGACACCAAAGAGAGAAAACCAAAGGUCUUCCUAAAGGUGAGGCAGCUAUUGAACACAACCUCACCCGAUCUGCAAGAAGCCACCAUGACAAUAAGCUGGAGAAAUUCAUUCAAAGAAUGGGGAAUCUGAUCCACAAGAACAAGUAGUGAGUCCACAUAGGUCACUUAUUGCAAAUGCGCAUUUGACUCAUUAUGUUUAUGUACAUAUAUAUUUCCGGUGACUUUUGAAAAUGCUUAUUUUUGUGCAAAAACUGUUUACAUUUUUACCCCUGCUCGUGUUACUGUGUACAGAUGAACUGGAUACCAUUGACAGGAGACAAUGAUUAACAUGAAUACAAACCUUUAUACAGCUAAAUCGUAAAAGCUGUCUUUACGUCUGCGUCAAACUGAAGCAUUAUUUUUAAACAACAAAUGUUGCAGGUCUAAAGUUGUAGUUGUGUCAAAAUGUCAGAUGUUGGUAGAAUGAAUAUAAUAAUAUAACAUAUUGCUGUUGUAACUUUACUCAGAGGAUUAUUGUAAACGUGUUGCAAUCAGCAUGCAAGCUAACUUACAUGAUGAAAAGCAUACCAACGUCAGACAGAGGUUUGUGAAUGGGGUUUGCAAUAAUUUUUCACAAUGGACCCAACAGGAUGAAGUGGACACCAAUCAUUUUCCAAUCAUGUCAUCUAUCCAAGGUUUGUUAAAUUCCAUGAACAGUGUUCUUUAAGAGAAAAUGUAAUGUGCAAUACAAGCUCAGUGACAAAUACAGUACACAUACUCAGUGGCCACUCAGGGAUGAUUCAGAUAUUCCACAUUUCAUAUUUAGACUUAAACUUAGACUUCUCUUUAUUAAUCCUUUUUGGGAUGACUUCUGCAACGAAAUUUACUCAAGGUGACUGAUUUGGGUGUAUCUAACCCUGUACGCAGUUCUGUCAGAUUCUCUUCCAGACUGUGGAACCAUUGGCAAACAUGUCUGUAUAUUAGACACUGAACAUUGUGGAAGGCUCUGUAUUUUGUAUUUUUCUGUUUGUGUAUGUUCUUAUUGUGACAUGGAUCCCCCUGGGUCUGAAAUAAAGUUUAUACAAAUGGAGGAAUUUGUCUUUUUGACU